AUGGGCACCGCCAAAUGGUACAUGUUCAAUUUGCACGCGUCCUGCAUUCUGCUAGACUGGGGAUUUACUGUGUUAAGCGUUCCUUUAUUGAUUUUUCCGGCUAUGGGAGGAUAUCCGUUGGGGAUUCUAACGAAUUGGUUCGGAGUGUCCACACUUUUCCAGGUUUAUCUAAUUAUGGCUUUAGUUUUUGUUGUCUGCACAUCCAUCGCGCUAAUUUUUGAAAAUCGUUACUAUCAAUUAUACGCCAAAGGCACCAGAUGGAAACAUUUUCGAAUUGUCUUCAUUUUCCUAAAUUACUUCUUCACAUUUGCCUAUAACAUACCAGCGGUUCUAAAUGUUCCGGAUCAGAAAAUGGCUCUAGAGUUUACAUAUAAGCAAAUCCCAAAUCUUCCUGAAGAUAUAAAAUCUGGUCCAAUUUUCAUUCUAGCCAUUGAUUAUUGGCUGCAGAUUCCAUUCAACUUUAUGGCCGCAUUGACUGCCGGUGGAUCUUUCACAUUUAUCACACUGUUAUCUAUAAAUAUGAAUUCGGCAACUAGAAGAAAUAACCUUUCGGAGAAUACAAAACGACUACAACGAAAAUUCCUCAAAGCCAUUUAUUCACAGGUCACAGUGUUUGCAAUAAACGUUUUAUGUCCCAUGUCGUAUGUUGUCAUUUCCAUAUUGACUAACUAUUACAACCAAAUGGGGAACAAUUUGGUGUUCAUCAUUGGCGCUUUUCACGGUAUCAACUCGACGUUAAUCAUGCUCUGGGCUCAUAAACCAUAUCGUGAAGUUUGCUAUAAUCUAGCAAAAAGAGCUCGGGAGAAAUUGAAAAUGGCCAAUGCUGUUGUGAGAAAUAAUCAUCAACCAACUGUUUCCACUACUGUUUUAGUUUAA